AUGGAGGAUCAUGAUGCACGUCAGGGGGAAGGGACUGAAGUGGUGGAGUUUGGUACUGCUGAAGAGCCCCAGAUCGUCUCAGGGAGGCGAGCAAAGGCCAUCAAGGAUAAGAGAAAGAAACUGAAGCCCGGAAGCUUUGAGACGCUGGGCUUGAGUCCAGUUAUUAUCAGGGGCAUCAAGAGGAAGGGAUACCAGCUGCCAACCCCCAUUCAACGGCGCACGUUACCCCUGGCUCUGACGGGCCAGGACGUCGUUGGCAUGGCAAGGACAGGCUCUGGAAAAACGGCAGCCUUCGUUAUUCCGAUGCUUGAAAGGUUGCGGGAGCACUCCCCGAGGGCUGGGGCCAGAGCACUCAUACUGGCUCCCACCCGUGAGCUGACCUUGCAGCUGCACAAGGUCGUUAAAGAACUCAGCCGCUACACUGACCUCCGCACAGCGGUUCUCGUGGGAGGCGACUCCAUGGAGGCUCAGUUUGCUGAGCUAGCUGCCAACCCAGACAUCCUUCUUGCAACCCCUGGCCGGCUGAUGCACCACUUGCAGGAGGUGGAAGGCAUGAGUUUGCAGACUGUGCAGUACUGCGUCUUUGAUGAGGCAGACCAGCUGUUUGAGAUGGGUUUUGCUGAGCAACUGAGGGCAGUUCUUAGCAAGAUGGGGGAUGCGCGCCAGACACUCCUGUUCUCAGCCACCUUGCCUGCAGCCCUUGCAGAAUUUGCAAGGGCUGGGCUAAAGAACCCGGCAUUCGUGCGACUAGACGCUGACACAAAACUAUCCCCAAACCUGCAGCUCUGUUUUGCCUGCCUGCGGCAGGAAGACAAGACAGCCGCCCUGCUGUGGCUCUUGCAUGAAGUCAUCCCCGAAGGCUCCCCAACUCUCAUCUUCACAGCCACACGGCACCAUGUGGAGUUCCUACACACGCUGCUUACCCGUGAAGGCCUCAGGAGUGCCUGCGUGUACGGCCAAAUGGAUCAGGCUGCUCGUCGCAUUCACAGUGGCAAAUUCCGGGCGGGCCAAGUGAACAUCCUCAUCGUGACAGACGUGGCUGCGCGCGGCAUUGACAUCCCGCUGCUGGACAAUGUCAUCAACUAUGACUUCCCUGCCCGCCCCAAGCUCUUUGUCCACCGCGCCGGUCGGGCAGCACGCGCUGGACGGUCCGGGACCGCCUACUCACUGUUCACGCGAGAGGAGCUGCCAUACCUGCUGGACCUGCACCUGUUCCUGUCUCGCGGCGUGCAACCCGCACCCGUUGCGUCACUUGCCCAGGCCGCUGCAGUUGCUGGCGGCGCAAGCAGUGAUGUCUCCCUGUAUGGGACUUUCCCUCAGGCUGCGCUUGAGGACAAUGCAGAGCGCGUGCGGGCGGCUGUGGCCAACGCCUCAGAGCUGCAGGGCUUGCAACGGUCUUGCGCCAAUGCCUGGCUACUGUACAAGCGCACGCGGCCGGCAGCCUCACCAGAGUCGGUGACGCGGGCCCGCAGCAUGCCCGCAGCUGGCGUCCAUCCAGAUCUGGCCGCAGCAUGCCCCCAGUCAAGCCUUGCGGGCCUGGAGGCUCAGGAGGACAUGGCCAACAUUGCUGCCAGGCUGCGAGCCUAUCGCCCAUCAGCCACCGUCCUGGAGGCCGAAGUGGCACCGGCCAGGCGGGGCGAGGGCGCCGGCUGCAUGUCGGGUCCCGGCAUGACAGCGUCGCAUGGGCCGGCCGGUUUCCUGGAGGUCAUGCGCCUGAAACGCGGCAGGUCCAAAAGGCAGCAGGAGAACAAGGCAGCAGGCGAUGCAGUAAGCCAAGGUAGUGUGGACCCUGCAGCACUCCGCAGGGCGGCCAGUGAAGCGGCAAGGGAGGGCGACCAGGCACUGGAGCAAGGGCGCUUCCGCGAUGCAGAGUGCUUCAUAGCCAGCACCAAGUCGUCGCGCUACGAGGAUGAGGGGUUCGCAGUGCACCGCAGCGGUGGAGACGACCUGAUGUCAGCAGCUGUCCUGGACCUCAUGGAGGAUGACACGGCGGGCAUGGCAGCGCAGCAGCGAAGGUUCCACUGGGACAAAAGGAAACGCUGCUACAUCCAGCUGCAGCCCAAUGAGAAGGUGCAGGCAGGGAAGAGGAAGCGCACAGAGAGCGGGAAACUGGGUCAAAAGGGGAGUCAGCCAUCGGGCCUGUAUAAGAAGUGGGUGCGCAGCAGCAAGAUGCGUGUGCCUGCUACUGGGGAGCUGCCUGAUGCGGGUGUAAAGGAUACAGCAAACUUGUCGGACAGAUUCAAGAUGGGUGGUCGAGGCUGGAAGAACCCCUUCAAGAGCCAAGGACCAACAGCUCACAUCCGCGAUGAGCUGAAGAACCAGGACCAGGUGCGCAAAGAAGGCAAGCUCAAGAGGCGCAAAUUGGAGGCAGUCCAGCAUGCAUCCAAAAAGAAGAAAAGCUCAGGAAAAAGGAAAAUCUAGCAUUUAUGUUUGGGCUUGACCGAAACAAUGUCUAAAUACUGCUUUCAGUGAAGGAAGUUGACCCUUGUAUGUGAGAGUUCCAACAAGCGCCCGUAAGAGACAAUGGGAUGUGAGCAUUCAAUGUGAGCAACAAGUUGUGCCUAUAAUUCAUCAGAACGCAUAUUAAGGCUGCAUUAUGCUGUUAGAUCAUGUUACUGUGCAUAGGUAUCCAAUAUGGUACUUUACUAACUCCUGGCAUGUCCGACAUGAGUCAUAUGGAGGCUCUAAAAAUGUCUUGUAAUCUUGAAUUAGUACACCUCUUAGUAAGAGGCUCUUACAUGCUUUGCAAAUGUUCUUAUUAUAUACUUUGGGUUGCCAUGCUUAUACUCAAGCACUAGCAAACUUCCGCCUUAAGGUUCUAUAAAAAGUAUGAUCUAUUUCCCUGAGGUUGCAGACAACCUUGCGGACAACAGUAAAGAAUCCUCUCCCAAAACAAUGAUUGAAUUGCACAUUCUCCCGUCGUCAUUAUCAUCACAAACUAUCGCCACAACACAAUUGCAGACCCUGAGGCCAAUAGCCAUCACAUGAUAAGAGACAGGUGAACACACACGAGACCAUCACAGAUAUCCUUAUUGCGAGAAAAAACAGGAAAAUUCACGCGUCAACACUCUGAAACUCUGCCACCUCAAAGCAACCGCGAGUGACCGAUGUCGUUUACAGAUCAGAACGUGAUCAACAUCGGUUGGAGGCCCACUGGCAGUGAGCCCUACUGACAAGGCAGACCUUCCAAGGUCCCUUUGGGAAAACAUAUCUGGUACAUUGUCUUUUGCAUGGACACUGCUUUCCUGGUCAAAUUGUCUUGUGCAGCACACCCCAGCUGACGGCUUCGUGGGUCCAGUCAAAGGGAUGCCAUGCUGCUUUCUCCGCUUUGGCCAACAUACUGGGCUUGCUCCACCAAUGACUCGACGCCCUCAGCAUACAUGUCCAAGUACUGGGGGACUUGAAGGUAAAAGUCGUUCAUGUCCAGGGCGUCUUUUGGGAGGUCCUGGAUGAACCAAUCGUGCAUCUUGAUGUCCUCCAUGGAGAGGCGCGCGUUGGGGUCAGCCACCAGCACGCGUGUCAGCAGGUCCACACACUCUGAGCUCACGGGGAUGUCCUCCGGCACCACAUACUGCGCCUUCACGAUCUUCUUGGCGUAGUCCCUCUCCCGCGCGUUGAAUGGAUACCGCCCAAACAGCAUCGCAUACAAGAUGAUGCCACAGCUCCAGAUGUCCGCCAUCUUUGCAUCAUAGCGAUUGCUGCCAUAGAUGAUCUCUGGCGCCAUGUAGAUGGGGGUCCCAACCCCAGUCUUUGCUGAUGAGUUCAUCUCAUGCUUUGAGUACCCAAAGUCACAGAUCUUCAGCAGGGGCCUGGUUCCAUC